AUGCAUACUCAACUUCGAGCUGACGAUGAUGGAGGCUUCAAGUUGUACCACUAUACCCCUACUUUCGGUGGCGCCGUAGCUUUCGCUGCGUUCUUUGGCAUCGCGUCAGGCCGCCAUAUUCAGCUAUUGUUUAAGAAGAGGACUUGGUUUUUUAUACCUUUCAUUGUGGGUUGCCUGUUUGAGACGAUAGGUUACGCCGCGAGAGCCUACUCAUCGAAACAGACUCCGGAUUGGACUUUGAUGCCUUAUAUCAUCCAGAGCAUGCUGAUUCUCCUGGGCCCGGCGUUUUAUGCAGCAUCCAUCUAUAUGCUUUUAGGGCGACUUGUGGUGCUGAUUGAUGGGGAGCAGAAUUGUUUGAUUUCAACCAGGUGGCUUACAAAGCUCUUUCUGCUGGGAGAUGUUUUGUCGAUUUUUGGACAAGGUGGAGGUGGUGGGUUGCUUGCGGCCUCCAGCUCCCAAUCUAGUCAAGAUACGGGAAAUACCAUUAUCAUGCUAGGCCUGGGUAUUCAGCUCGUGUUUUUCGGCGGGUUCAUGAUCGUCACAGUACUGUUCCACAUUCGUAUGAACAGACGCCCGACGGUAAAAUCACGUGGGACACUCCUUCCAUGGAAGACGUUUCUGUAUAUCCUCUAUGCUGCAAGCAUGCUCAUCAUGGUGCGCUCAGUUUUUCGGCUGAUUGAGUAUGCCCAAGGCUACAGCGGGGCACUGCUCCAAAAGGAGAUUUAUGUUUACACUCUCGAUGCCUUCCUAAUGCUCCUUGUGUCGGCGAUCUUCGCUUGGUACCACCCAAAAUCGUUGUAUGUUCAUGGAUCUCAGGAGAGAUAUGACAUGGCCCAAGAA